AUGGCGCCUCUGCGGCAAAGAGCGCACGCGUUGCGAGAGCAUGGCGUGGAGCCUGACUGCUUCGUGAAGAGUCCCCUCAAGGUCGCAAAUUUGGACCAUGAUGACCUGGUGAUUCGGGUUGCCGUCUAUGGUGGAAAGACCAUAUCCAUGCAACGCGGGCGCGGAAUCGAAGUGACUGGCAAAGAUCGAACUCCGAUCUCCCAAUUCUUACAGGAUAACGUCGACAACGUCGUGAAGGUCUCAGUUCUCAUCAAGAUGGAUGCUAAAUUGUUCGAUCCCUAUACUUACUUGGACAAGGUCUCUCCAACGCCUCACAAGUCCUUCCUCACGACCAACUACAAUGCCAGAGUUAAUAGUAAAGUUUGGAGAAGGCGAUCGAGAAAACUUUCCACCAGAAAAUCGAAGGACGAGAAUGGAAAAAUGAGUCGAAAGGAGAAAGUUGACUUUGAGAAGAAGUUUGCCGAAGUUAUGGAGCAAGAAAGGGAGAAGAUGACAACUGAUGUGAAUCGUCUCCGAGUUAACGAUGCACCAUCGCGACGUGGUUCUACUCAAACGAUCCUCAGCCAUCAACACGCGCCCGACCACGAGCACCUUUUCAAGAAACUGCUGAUCAGUUGCUGUGAAUCAUGUGAACGGCGGAGAGCCUCAUUCAUGUACGAUAGCAAGACAGAAGACGAAGCAGAAGACGCUGAGGAAAGCGAAUCUAGCGAAGAAGAGGAGGAAAAAUGCUUCGAGUGUCGUGACAGCGACAAGGAACAUGUGCAUGAUCUUCUUGCCAACAUGUACUUCAACAAAAUUGUUCUUCCUGGAAUGGAGUACGUCGAGGAUUUUGUCGAUUUCCUUAUCGAUGCCGAACUCAAUGACCUUCCAGUACUGAAACGGGCAUGCGAGCGUUAUCUCUGCGGCGAGCUAAAUACCAAGAAAGACCUGCUCACUUCCCUUCUGCUCGAUCUUCUGUUCAUUUCUAUUGUUUUCCAAUUACCGGUAAUGAAAAGCAUGACGCUGUCCGAGCUAUCUAACAGAACUGAGGAACUGUCUCAACCUGACAAACUGUUGGAAGACGAGGAGUACAAAGUGCUGGAUAAACGAAUUCGAUCACUGUCCGACCGUAAUCUUGUGGAACUGAUCGAACAGUGCGUUGCCUUCGCUGAACAACGGAACAGAGUGCAAGUCAUAGCACUCAGUGUAUGA